GUAAAUUUCUAUCACUAUUACAAUAUUUUCACUUAGUUAAUAAAAUAUUUUCUAUUCUAUUGUGUAAGAUUUUAACGUCGUGUGUUUUGGACGUGGUAAUAUUUUCUUUUCACUGCUUCAUUUUCAGCUUGCCUACUUACGAAGUACAAAGAGACUCAUUCUGAAGAUGUUAAAUUCCUUAGUAACACAUAAUGAAUCUGUUUGACUUAAGACAGAUGGCUUCUAUGGAAUAAUGUUCGGUCGUUCUUUUAAGAAAGCUUUGAACAGACGUUUCGUUGCAGCGAACCAUGGUGGUUGAAAGCUAUAACGAUUUGUUGUUAAUUUUAACAUGAAUUUAACACCGUUGUGAUACUUGUACCGUAUUGUCUUGUUACAUCCUGUCGUGAGUUUUUUUAGCUCCGUUGGGGAGCUUCUUACGCACCUUAUGUCAUCUGUAUAUGUACUGGCUAUGUCUUGCACUGGCGUUUUAGUUAGGUCGCAAGGGGAUAUUUAUUCAAAUGACACCAUGAUGAAUUCCAGUGAUGUUGAGUUGGUUUGUGAACCAUCUUCAAGCAAUGUGUUUGAUGGCAUUGUCAUUAUCAUCAUAAUAACUCUAUCAAUUAUUGAAAAUGCUCUGGUUUUAAUCAUUAUCUAUAAAUUUAAAGAAUUUCGUACUCCAACGAAUGUCUAUGUGGCUUGUUUGUCUGUCGCUGAUUUGUUUGUUUCCUUGAUACCGUUACCAUUAGCCUUCGCCUUGUAUGUAUGUUCUUGGCAACCUGGUACCGUAUCCACCUCUAUAUAUACAGUGUUGGAUAUCAUGUCGAGUGUAGUCUCUGUGUCUGCUCUGACGGCCAUAGCAUGUGAUCGUUAUUUUAUUAUUAUGCACCCUUACAAAUACGAGAGAAGCAUGUCCGUAUAUGGUGCUAUAUUUGUGUCGGUCUUUGUCUGGUUGUUUGCUAUUACCAGUGCUCUGUUGAGUUUGAUUAUUACUGUUCUGCAUUAUACAUUGUUUAUUGUCAUCGCCGCAUACGCAGUACCAACCUCUCUUAUGCUGUUUUGUCAUAUUCGCAUUGCAGUAGUGGCUAGACGUCACGCAAAUACAAUAAUAACGCUUGAACGUCAGGGUAAAAAGGCAAGGUCAACCAGGGAAUCUUUUUUUCGUAAAAUACCACGGAUCAGGCGCGCAUCAACUUUAAACAGUUCUAUUCGAAGUACGAGUACUACGUGUUCUGCUGUGGAGGUGAAUUCUCCCAUUGGAACGAAAAUUGAACAUACUGUUCAGAAGGCUGCUUUUGUGUUACAGUCGUCCGAAGCAAAACCAUCCGUGCAAAUCUGUGAAAAUGCCCUAGAGUGUGAUUUUAAACGAAAUCUUUCUUUAGUUCCUGAAGAAGUUCCAGGUAUUCUGAAAUUGCAACAAAACUAUAAACCUUCUGUCGUAGCAGAACUAACGAGUAAUGACUCGAUUAUUCAAAAUCAGCUUGCUACUCGUGCAGAGAAAAACACAGAAAGUACUGACGCAAAUCGUAAUAUUCCUGCACUCGGUGAAAUCUCGCCUCGUAAACAAGACAUAUCCGUUGAGUCACGUCCGAAGUUUAAAACAUUUGUACUUCGAAAUGUCGCAGUACGUCGGCAAAACAGUGUAUUGCGAAGAGAAACGUUAAGAAUUGUCGGCCAUCUGCGAAGAUUGCGUCGGGAAUUAAAAGGUACUUUAAUGUUGACUGUUGUUAUGGCAAUCUAUUUAUGUUUAUGGACGCCGUUCAUUUCGAUGAACAUAAAAUUUUAUAACGGAACCUUCGACGCUAGCAACUCAGUACAUAUCGAGUUAUUGAAAUAUUUCAAAAUAUUACAUUAUUCUAAUUCAGCGUUUAAUCCGGCGUGUUAUAUUUUAAUGAAUUCAAAAUGGAGAAAAGCAUUUAAGACAAUUAUCAGUACUUGUGGACCUUCAUUAUCGAGGAAGCACAGAGUUAGUCCGGCGUGAAAAAUGUUAGAAAUUAUAUCUACAUGAAGGAUUACCUUAUCGGGACAAAGUUAUUCGUCAGAUUUUCCUCACUAGUUUUUACCCAUUUUUUUAUUAUUUUAUUUGAAAUUAUUCAAUAUUUUUAUAUGUAUGAUGAGUUAAAAAAGAGUGACCACGUUGGUGAAAUAUAGCCCGUGCAAAGUGACUGAA